GCUGUUUUGGGGCCUGCGGCGGGUCGGGCCUCCCGGGCCGGGUCCAUCCCAGUGCUCCCGGGAGGCCGAGGAAGGCGCCAUUCCGCUUGGGGCACUCCCGGAGACUGGAAGGACCCGCCCGCCAUCACGGGCAGCGCUGUGGGUGAGGCACAGCGGGUGUGAGCGAGAUGGAAGAAGAGUUCAUGGUUUCUGGUUUGCAUAACAGCAGAGGCUGAAUAGCUUAAAGGAGACACUAGUGCGGGUGAGAAGUGUCAAGCCCCUUGCAAGGCUUGGCUCUGUCAAAAAAGAAGAAAUGAAUCCUAUAAAUGACGAUCCAGUGUUUGGGACCAUUUUUGACUGGGACUAUCUCUUAUGGGAAGUUCGUUUGACAUUUUUAGCUGCUGGUUUUUUAAUCUACUUGGGAGUAUUCCUUCUGUCUCACUGGCUGUCUUCAUGGAUAAGCACCACUUACCGUGACUUGUAUGCAAAGGAGAAGGUGUUUUGGAACAUGGCAGUCACACGUGGUGUGUUUGGGCUUCAGAGUUGUGUUGCAGGGUUAUGGGCUUUGCUCAUUGAUCCUGUUUUUCAUGCUGACAAAGUAUAUUCACAGCAAAAGUGGAGUUGGUUUAACUGUUUAAUAGCUGCUGGAUUUUUCUUGCUUGAAAAUGUAGCUGUUCACAUCUCCAACAUUGUUUUUAGAACAUUUGAUGUGUUCUUGGUAGUUCAUCACUUGCUUGCUUUUGGUGGCUUGGCUGGUCUAGUAAUUAAUGUGAAGUCUGGACAUUACCUGCCUUUAAUGGGAAUGUUGCUGGAGAUGAGUACUCCCUCAACAUGCAUUUCCUGGAUGCUUCUAAAGGCUGGCUGUGCUAAUACCUUUUUCUGGAAGGCAAACCAGUGGGUGAUGAUCCACCUGUUUCACUGCCGCAUGAUUCUCACUUACCACAUGUGGUGGGUGUGCAUUUUCAAUUGGAAUUCUGUGGUAGAAAACCUGGGACUUCUUCAUUUUAUUGUCUUAUUCUCGGGACUGUUUGCCGUUACACUAAUACUUAACCCAUACUGGACAUACAAAAAAACUCAGCAACUCCUCAGCCCAACUGACUGGAACUUUGAAAAUAAAGCAACGGAAAAUGGAAAAUUAAAUGGAGAAACACAUCAAAAGAAGAGGAUAUAACACCGAAACAGUAGGCUGGCAGAAGAAUACAAAUGCAAUGGAACUCUUUGCCUGUGAAGUAGGAGCUUUUUUCAAGAAGCUCGUUAACACAAUAAUUCCUUGCUAGUUGUAUUCUGUAAGCACCAGAAGUAUUUGCAAGCACUCUUUGUACGUCCAUCUGUACACCAGUUAAUUAUGAAUUACACCAAAAAUUUUGUCAGAUUGGAUAAUACUGCAUGAUUUAGGAGGGGCAUGUUCUCUAAUGGCAUCCUUUGUCCUAACACUUCAAAGUGUCUUUGCAGUUAAUUUAUCUUACAUUAAGCUUAGCUUGAAUCAAGUUUAGCUUGAAUCCUAUUUCACAUAUGUCAGAGAUACUGGUACUGGAAGUUGCGACCCAGGUUAGGUAUGCAUGUGUACCUAGUUCCUGUAUGCUAUUAAAUCAUUCCAAGAAGGUGAACUGGUCAGUGGUAAAAUGCAGUCAUAGCUGGGGUUUGGUUUGGGGGACUUUUUGUUUUGUUUUAUUGUGGGGGGUUUUGAGGUUUGAUUUG